AUGGAGUACGAAGCCGAACCAGAACCUGAAAGGUCUGCGGACCCGGCGGAAGAGUCCGGGCGGUCCGACGCAAUCGACGUUGGAAUCCUGCCAGGUUCCUCGAGCCAAACGGAUGAGCGGACCCCCGUCCAGAAGUUGGAGGCAGAGUACAUCCGAGUGAUGAAGGCUACGCAAGAAGAGUUGGAUCUAGAACCUGGUGUUUACAUCCAUGAGGGAAGCCAGUUGAUGUCUCAGCUGCGUGAUGACCUCAUGAUGUUGCCUGAUUUGGGCGACCUCACACCUGAGUGUGAUAUCUCCACGGCAGAUGUGGGGGUCCCCGGACGGACCACUCCAGCAGAGGAAGCGCAUCUAAGAGAUGUUCUCAGACGAUAUUCCAAGAUCUUCUUAAGUGAUGGAAACGCGCCACCCGCCCCAGCCCGGGGCGUGGUAUGCGACAUUGACGUCAGAGGAGCCAAACCGGUAGCACUGCGACCAAGGUCGAUAAUCCCCAAGGUUGCGAUGAAGGUUUACGAGUUACUGAAGAAACUCCUAGAGCCUGGACUCAUCGAAAUGUCUGACUCUGCUUGGGCUUCGCCUAUCGUGAUCGUCUUGAAGAAGAAAGGAGUUGACAUUCGUAUGUGUAUUGACUAUCGCCUGGUGAACAGUUUCAUCGAGCUGUCGAAUUAUCCGCUGCCGCUGAUUGACGACCUCCUGGUGGGCUUCGAGCAA